AUGAUAUUCCUCUAUAGUUGUUGCAAAGAACAAUUCGCUCCUAACGAAAUCACUGUAAAAACCAACGGCAACAGCAUCUUAGUAGAAGAUAACCGCAAAGAAAAACAAGACGAACAUGAUCUGAUAAUGAGACACUUUGUCAGACGAUACGUUCUUCCACAAACCCACGAUGCCGAAAAUGCCGUUUCUCCAUUGUCUUUAGACGGAGUUUUGACAGUAAGCGCACUAAAGAAAACCGAAAAACCUGUAGCCUCAGAAAGGGUAGUACCCAUCACACAAACUAUACCAGCCAAGAGCACUAUAACACCCGUUGUAGAGUCUCCCCAACCACAAGUGAAUUAA